GGAUGAUACAGACAUUAUGUAUUUCUUUCGGCCGUAGAACCAUGGCACGGUCUAUGGAUAUCAUAAACAUUCUGCGUCGCAGCCUUAGCGUUGAACGAGGGAAACGUGCCGUGUUCAUAUUCUUCUCCCCGCGUUCACGACGCGGUAAGUCAUUGUUGGCGCAACGGGUUUGCGCUACGGCACACCAAACCUGCGGCCGUUGAAACAGGACGGAGGUUUCGGGAUAUUCUGGCCAAUCCAAGUACUUCGUGCCUGAGGUGAUAUGCGCCUUUUGAGGGAAAUUACAUAGACCCUGAAAGUAGUAGCGCCAUCGUGAGGAGGGGAGAGAUUUUCAAGUCUUCGGUUUGAGAUUCGAUGGUCCUGGUGAUGGAAGAACAGGCACCAACAACGAGGAUUUUUGAAACCAGUUGCGACACCACCGCAUGUCUUUCCUACAAUUGGAUCAUCGUGAGAUAGUCUUUUGUUGUCUGCGACCUUGUGAAGGCGCUCGUUUAUCCGGAUGUGUAUGUGUGCGUGUUACCAGAGCCGGACCGUGGUAUUCCAAUUCGUCGCAGAUGGGGGUGCAACAACAAGUUUUUGAAGGCUCGGGGGGACGGCGGUUUCGGAAUGGCGGAGAAAUCCUCUGUGAAAUGAGCCUGAGUUCUCGGAUUCGUCGCCUUCUGCUUUGGGACUCUAUGCCUCGCUUCACCGCUCUCCGACGCACUCAUUCCCAAGCCAUCGUCGGUUUGUUUUUCCGCCCAUCUUCUAUCGUCCGUUGAGCCAUCGGGGUGCUUUGACAAUGUCUUUGCUCAUGUACUGACUUACAUAUUUCCCGUGUGGUU